GUCACUUUCCACAGAUCCAACACCAACAAUGCUAUCUAAUAAGUAUAUUAAAUAUUCCCAUUUUUAUUUUCUGAGAAUAUUACCCAAUUUGUUAUUUUUUUCUUAAAUUAAUCUUUCCGUGUUUCACUCCUCUCUCUCUCUCUCGUUCUCUCUUCAUUGUUUGUGUGUGUGAGAUAAAUUCGUGAUACAGCGAGAGAGAAUCCUUGGAGCAUUCCAUGGAUUCGCUGGGUUUUCUCCGGAUGUUUCUUGUAUCCGCUUCGAUUUUAAUCGUCUUUCUCCUCUCUACAGUCACCGCCGGUGAUAUUGUUCAUCAGGAUGAUUUAGCUCCUAAGAAGCCAGGUUGCGAAAAUGACUUCGUUCUGGUGAAAGUUCAAACUUGGGUUAAUGGUGUUGAGAAAGAGGAGUUUGUGGGCGUAGGGGCUAGAUUUGGGAGGCGGAUAGUGUCCAAGGAGAAGAACGCAAACCAGACACACAUUGUUUUUGCAAAUCCUCGUGAUUGUUGUACACCGCUCAAGACCAAGCUUUCUGGAGAUGUUGUUAUUGUGGACCGGGGCAACUGUCGUUUCACAGCUAAGGCAAAUAAUGCGGAAGCUGCUGGUGCCUCUGCUCUGUUAAUCAUAAAUAACCAGAAAGAACUUUACAAAAUGGUUUGUGAACCGGAUGAAACGGAUUUAGAUAUAAAGAUUCCUGCCGUCAUGCUUCCACAAGAUGCUGGUGCUUCCUUGGAAAAAAUGCUCGUCAAUAGUUCAAAAGUGUCGGUGCAGCUUUACUCCCCAAGACGACCAGCUGUUGAUGUAGCCGAAGUCUUUUUGUGGUUAAUGGCUAUCGGUACCAUUUUGUGUGCAUCUUAUUGGUCUGCGUGGAGUGCCCGAGAAGCAGCUAUUGAACAUGAUAAGCUACUGAAGGAUGCUAUAGACGAAAUCCCUAACACAAAUGAAGGGGGUAGUGGUGUCGUGGAGAUCAAUACUAUUUCGGCUAUUUUUUUCGUAGUUCUUGCUUCGGGCUUCCUGGUGGUUCUUUACAAGCUUAUGUCUUAUUGGUUUGUGGAGCUUCUUGUGGUUGUUUUCUGCAUUGGUGGUGUUGAGGGUUUGCAAACUUGCCUUGUCGCUUUGCUAUCAAGAUGGUUCCAACGUGCUGGAGAUUCGUAUGUAAAAGUCCCUUUCCUUGGACCUAUCCCUUACCUGACUCUUGCAGUUUCUCCUUUCUGCAUUGUCUUUGCUGUUCUCUGGGCUGUUUACCGAAAUCGCUCCUUCGCUUGGAUUGGCCAAGAUGUUCUUGUAAGAAUUGCAGCCCCAUACACUUUCAUUUUCCGGUAUCGCAUUGAUCAUCACUGUACUACAGAUUGUUCAUGUCCCAAAUCUCAAGGUAAUUUAUGAACAUAUUUAAUAUCUCAUCUCAGUCUUUCUCCAUCUUGGAAUUCUGAAACUUUUUGGAGGUAUAUUUGAGAAAGAAAGAUCAUAAGAAAUGCCACAUAUCGCUUGGAACAGGUCGGGACCGUUCUUCUCAGCUGUUCCUUCUUGUACGAUAUCUUCUGGGUGUUUGUCUCCAAGAAGUUGUUCCACGAAAGCGUAAUGAUUGUCGUAGCUCGUGGUGAUAAGAGCGGAGAAGAUGGCAUCCCGAUGCUACUGAAGAUUCCGCGCAUGUUCGAUCCGUGGGGAGGCUACAGCAUUAUUGGAUUCGGUGAUAUUCUUUUGCCCGGUUUGCUACUCGCUUUUGCUCUCAGAUAUGACUGGUUAGCUAACAAGACUCUUCGAACCGGCUAUUUUAUUUGGGCAAUGGUUGCCUACGGAUUAGGUCUUUUGAUUACUUACGUGGCUCUAAAUCUAAUGGAUGGACAUGGCCAACCAGCAUUGCUCUAUAUUGUCCCUUUCACUCUCGGAACAAUGUUAACACUGGCUCGAAAACGAAACGAUCUUUGGAUUCUAUGGACCAAAGGUGAGCCACAAAGAGCAUGUCCUCACCAUGUCCGGCUUGAACAGUGCUCUGAGAAAUGAGACAACCUGACCAAAAAUUAAACCAAAAAAAAAAACAAAAACCUUUGGGGUUUGUAACCAAUGUAACGUAAGUUGUAAGAUUCUUUUUCUUUUCAAUCUUUAAUCUAUGUUAUAUAAGGUACGUACAUCAUCUUUAUUGAAGAAGAAGCCAUGAUCGUUCUUUGUGUAUAUGGUUUGUUAUUUGUAACUAAGAAUAGUGUUUAAACAAAAAUGUGUAUACGCGUAGAGAAACUUUCGAAGCUCUCUCAUCAUUGUGUAAACUAUUUUGUAAUCUCUUAAUCUUUUUCUAUCAGAAAUGAAAUAGAAAAUUGUACAGACGUAAGCUACUAGGCCGCCAUAACAAUCAUCAUUCGUUCAGUAGAGGGAGAAACAGGUCACGAAGAAUCCCAUUCUUGAUCACUCUCAGAGUCUGUGAAGCUUCCUUAGCUUCUUUAUCAAAGAGAG